CGUGGGUGGGCUCCCUCUCCAUGGGGAUGAUCUUCUUCUGCUCUCCCAUCGUCAGCGUCUUCACCGACAUCCUCGGCUGCAGAGUAACGGCAGUGGGGGGGGCAGCUGUUGGGCUGGUUGGCCUGCUGGCCAGCUCAUUUGUCACGUCCCUGGGCCCCCUGUAUUUCACCUAUGGCAUUGUGUUCGCCUGUGGCUGCUCUUUCGCUUACCAGCCCAGCCUGGUCAUCCUGGGCCACUACUUCAAGAAGCGGCUGGGUCUGGUGAACGGCAUCGUGACGGCGGGCAGCAGCCUCUUCACCAUCACGCUGCCCUUCGUGCUGUCGGGUCUGCUAGAGCGGGUGGGCCUGCAGAACACCAUGAGGGUCCUCUGCAUCCUGAUGUUUGUGCUGAUGCUGGCUGGCUUCACCUACAGGCCCCUGCUGCCCGUCAAACCCGGCAACACCCGCACCGGCAGCCGCUUCCCCCCCAUGAGCAAGAUGUUCAACAUUCAUAUCUGGAAGUCUUUGGGAUAUCGCAUUUGGGCCUUCGGUAUCCCAGCAGCCCUCUACGGCUACUUUGUGCCUUAUGUUCACCUGGUGAGUUUGUUCUGCUCUCCUCUCUCUGUGCUGCAUACACACUGUGUGUUUCUGUGUUAUUGCUGGGUAUCAUUGCCACACUCUCUGGGCUAAAGGUCACUGAUGAUGAAAAACAGCACAUCAAUGCCAACAGAGGAAUACCAUGGUGUGAUUUCUCAGUAUCCUUAUCCCGUCUUUUGGAUGUGUUUAUUGGCACAAGGAAGGAAUUAGGGUUACCAAACGAGGGAGCUCCAACAACACAGAUGUCAAAAAACCACACUAGCAACCUGAGAUUUAUGAAAGUGAAAGAUGAGAGGAGGAGAAGUCUAAGCCCCAGCCUGCUGGCAUUUAACCAUGGUACGGAGUGUUACCAUGAGACGUGUACCUCAGAAUUCAGGGAAAGUCUCUGUCCAUUAGGAACAACUUUGUAAGAAAAAGACACUUUGAAAUCUUUUAUGCAAGAAACAACAAAGCAUGAUACCCCUGUUCUU